AUGCCUGGCUACCGACCUCGUAGGGGAGGCAAGCCUCCUGUGAAAGGGCGUGCUGGGAAAAAGGUCUCUGUAGUUGAGAAGCAGGAUUUCUUCCAGAGUUCGCGGUUAAAAGAGACAGAAGAUGAUGCUUCGCAAGAUGAGCCCAGAAGCGUGGAAGAUGCCUUGUAUGCCGCCGAAGAAGACGAGUCUGAAGGAGGCAUCAUCCAGCCUGGGACUGAAAGCGAAGACGAGACACCCGCUCCAAACUCCUACGCUCUGCUAUUACAAUCGCUCAGCGCACGAAAAGACAAGUCUGAACCUCCGAGGAAAAAGAGAAGGCUUUCACGUAGCCAGGAGAAUGGAGAACACUCAGCAAAAAGGACUGUCUCAGAUGGAGAGCCGCUUCAAAACCAAAGCUCCCAGGCAAAUGAGGACGAGCAACCUCCAGAGCUCCUAGAUGGGCCGGAAACAGAUGAAGAGCACCUGGAAGCCGACGUAGCAGACGCUGAUUCGGAAGAUGAGGAGACCCUCCUGCGAGAUCCAUUCGAGAAACAUUACACGACUGUCUCGGAACAAGAUUUCAAAGCUGCAAUCAAACAGGUGGAUCAAAAGCAGUGGGAUACCUCCUCCUCUAGAUCGGACUCCGGUGUUCGAAGCACGGUACUCUUCACGACGCAGUAUCCAUCCAAAGUUAAUGCGCUGAAAUCGACAAAAGACGCUUAUCUAAAGCGUCGGCUGGUCGACAGUGGAGACAAAGUUAUGUCUGGUUUGUCUUCGGAGGAGAAGAACGUCGCCGCAUGCGUGUUCAACUAUGUUGACAUGAUCAAUGGGUGCCGAAGUAUUCAAAAUUCAAGCCGUUUGCGCGAUGUAUCUUGCCUGCACGCUCUCAACCACAUCUUCAAGACGAGGGAUCGGGUGCUGAAAAACAAUGCGAAGUUGAGUUCAGCGUCUAAUACUGAGGCACUAGACCUCCGCGACCAAGGGUUCACUCGACCCAAAGUCCUGAUCAUUGUGCCUACGAAACAGGCAUGUGUGCGUUUCGUCGAAAGCAUUGUCAAACUCAGCGAACCUGAUCAGCAAGAAAACAAGGCUCGCUUUCUGGAGACAUAUUCUCAUGAAGAUGAGGAUGAAUGGCAGGACAAACCAGAAGACUUUCGAGCACUUUUUGGCGGCAAUCAUGAAGAAGACUUCCGGGUCGGGUUGAAAUUCACCAGGAAGACCAUCAAGUAUUUUUCUGGCUUCUACAACUCGGACAUCAUCUUUGGCUCCCCUCUUGGGUUGAUGCGCACAAUUACCACAGGAGGCGGCAAGGACAAGAAGAAAUCACACGACGCCGACUUUCUCUCGUCCAUUGAGCUCGUCAUCAUGGACCACACGAACGCCUUACAAAUGCAGAACUGGCAACAUGUGGACUAUGUCUUCUCUCAACUCAACCUUCUCCCCAAGGACUCCCAUGGCUGCGACUUCUCUCGCGUCCGCCACUGGUAUCUCGACGGACAAGCUAAAUAUCUGCGCCAAACGAUUAUACUGUCUGACUACCUGACCCCUGAAAUUAACGCCUUGGUCUCGACGCACUUACACAACGUCGCUGGGCGAGUGAAACUGGUGCCGACAUAUCCCGGGGCAAUGCUCUCAGUCUCCUCCUUAGCCCUCCCAUUCACCUCGGGCAUACCUCAGACCUUCCUGCGCAUCCCCUCGCCAAACCCCUUGUCCGACUCCGAUGCCCGCUUCAAAUUCUUCACCACCACGAUCCUUGCGCCGCUCGUGCGCGACGCACGACAUCAACGGGGAAUCCUGCUCUUCAUCCCCACAUACGCCGACUUUGCGCGUGUGCGGAAUCAUCUCUCGACGUCCUCAGACGCUACCGCGCUCUCGUUUGGGAGUAUCUCGGAGUACACGCCCGUCAAGGAGGUGAUGCGCGCGCGUUCGCACUUCCUCUCCGGCCGGCAUGCCGUGCUUCUGUACUCGGAGCGAGCGCACCAUCAUUUCCGGUACCGGAUCAAAGGUGUCCGGAAGAUCUUGUGGUACGGCGUGCCCGAGAAUCCCAUCUUUUGGGCCGAGAUCAUCGCGCUCCUGGGACUUGGGACGGACACGGACAGAGCGCCACACGCUUCCAAGGGCGGUGCUAAGGGAGUCGUCCGGGCGCUGUUCUCAAAAUGGGAUGUGUUGAAGCUGGAAAGGAUUGUUGGCACCGAGAGGGUGGGGAGAUUGAUCAAUGACCAAGGAGGCGAUACCUUUGAUUUCGUCUAG